AUAAGGCGCUGUGGCCGGCGGCGCACAGUCGGUUGGUCGGCGGCCGGGGCAGCGAGGGGAGGCGCUGGCGGGCGGACAGACAGCGGGGGCCGGCGGCAGAUCGAGCAAGCAAGCGAUCGGAGGAAACCUCCCGCUUGCCGAACAAAAGAAACCAUUAAAACAAACAAAAAUGCUGCCAGAUCUCCAAAGCGAGAAAAGAGAUUGCUCUACGUCGGUCUGAUUUCCUGCCACAGGCACAUCCCCACAUACACAGCACACGCAUAUAUAUAUAUUUAUAUAUAUAUAUUAACGCUAAGUAUGCGCAGCAGUCGAGCGCCAGUGGAAUGGGAUUAUGGUGGCAGGGCCGCCGCUGCUCCUCCUUCACAGCUGCUGCCGCUCGGGCUUUGCCGUGCCGCUUGUUACAUGAGGGAGCACCAAACACUGCCACCAGCAGCAGCGUCAGUCACCACUUCUCUCUCCUCCUCCUUCUUUUCCUCUUAGCCCUUCGGCAGUGCCGGCUAUGGAGGUAGUGGGGGAUUUCGAGUACAACAGGAAAGAUCUCAUAGGACACGGAGCCUUCGCUGUGGUCUUUAAAGGCCGCCACAGGAAGAAAUUGGAUUGGGAAGUAGCCGUGAAAUGUAUAAACAAGAAAAAUUUGUCAAAAUCGCAAAUCUUGCUGGGUAAAGAAAUAAAGAUAUUAAAGGAGCUUCAACAUGAAAACAUCGUUGCACUUUAUGAUGUUCAGGAGACUCCAAACUCUGUUCAUUUGGUGAUGGAGUACUGCAAUGGUGGUGACCUGGCAGAUUAUCUGCAAGUCAAAGGAACACUUAGUGAAGACACCAUUAGAAUCUUCCUCCAGCAGAUUGCAGCUGCUAUGCGAAUACUUCACAACAAGGGAAUAAUCCAUCGCGAUUUGAAACCACAGAAUAUUCUACUUUCUUACAUUAACCGGAAAAAAUCUAAUUUGAAUGGCAUUCGUGUCAAAAUAGCUGAUUUUGGCUUUGCCCGGUAUUUGCAGAGUAACAUGAUGGCUGCCACUCUCUGUGGUUCACCCAUGUACAUGGCACCUGAGGUUAUCAUGUCACAGCACUACGAUGCCAAGGCAGACCUCUGGAGUAUAGGCACUGUGGUAUUUCAGUGUCUUGUUGGCAAGCCUCCUUUCCAGGCAAACAGCCCACAGGAUUUAAGGCUCUUCUAUGAGAAGAACAAGAGUCUAGUCCCCAACAUCCCCAGUGAAACUUCUGCUCAUCUGGGUGGGCUACUACUCAGUUUGCUUCAGAGAAACCAGAAGGACAGAAUGGAUUUUGAAAUGUUCUUUAACCAUCCUUUCAUGGAUCAGGCAUCAUCGGUGAAAAAAUCGUGUCCUGUCCCUGUUCCUGUGCCCACGUGCCCUGGUUCCGUGUCUGGUAGUUCUUGUGGCAGCUCUCCAUCUUGUCAUUUUGCCUCUCCUCCAUCAUUACCUGACAUGCAACGGAUACAGGAGGACACUUUGUCUUCCCCACCUUUGGGUCCUCCGAACUAUCUGCAGGUUUCCAAAGAUUCUGCAAGUAGUGGCAGCAAGAACUCUUCGUGUGACACGGAUGACUUUGUUCUUGUUCCACAUAGCAUCUCUUCUGAUCAGUCAUAUGACAUGCCAUUGGGAACGGUGGGCAGACGAGCUUCCAGUGAAUUUUUGAUGUGUGGCGGGCAGUCACCUUUAACCUCUUCAGGGGGCUCAGUAGCACUGCAGAGACCUUCCUCAGCCUCAUCCAGGUCCAGCUCUUCUAGCUCAGCCAACAGGCAGUGCCCACCUCCAGUGUCUCCCCGUACUGAGUCGGCUCCAAUUCCUGUCCCUACUCAGAUCAGAAACUACCAGCGGAUUGAGCAGAACCUGCAUGUCAUUUCCAGCCACAACGCUAACCCCUAUGGAUCACCCAGGUCAGGAAUGGUAAAGAGAUCUAACACAAGCCCAAUGGGUUUCAUGAAGCCAACAGGAGGGUCACCAGCCGCAGCUGAUGCACCACAAAACCCCAAUCGCAGACUCUCCACCGGAUCGUCCAGGCCCUAUUCCCCUUCACCAUUAGUUGGCACCAUCCCUGAACAGCUAAGCCACUGCUGCUGUGGUCUGCCCCAGGGACACGAAUCAAGAUCCAGAACACCAUCAGGUUCACCAUCUCCUCAAUCACACUUACUGGGCGCAAGACUCCAAAGUGCCCCAACUCUUACUGAUAUCUACCAGAGCAAACAAAAACUCCGUAAGCAGCACUCGGAGCCAGUCUAUCCUCCGUCUACAGGGUAUGGCUGUAGCCAUUCUCCACAGCCUGGUAGACCAGUCAGCCUCGGCACCUCCCCAACAAAACACAUGGGAACAUCUCCGCGAAGUUCUGACUGGCUGCAUAAAACUCCCUUGCCCACUAUCAUUGGAUCGCCAACAAAGCAAGAAUUAACUGAGAGUCCACCAAUACAGUCGAGAGCCAUGCUGGAGGCCAGAGAGUUCUGCAUCUGUCACCCACAAGCAAGUUCUAAACGUACAGCUUCUGAGGAGAACAAAACUACUUUUGGCAGAUCUGUAAGUACUGGAAAAUUAUCUGAUCAAGUGACAAAGACCACAUUUGGAGGCCAUACCUAUCAGGGCAGCAACGACAGUCUGAAUACCGAGCGUCCAAUGGAUAUAGCUCCUGCAGGCGCUUGUGGUCUGACAAUGGGUUCCCCUGCCAUGGUGAUAGGAGUGAGCCCGAGGACUGUGGUGUUCACUGUAGGCUCACCACCAAGUAGUGUCACCCCUCCCCAUAGCAGCCACAUGGUCACCAGAGCAAGGACAAUGUCAGUUGGCUCGGGCAGCCCGCUGGGAUCUCUGUGCUCUAACAGUGGGCGGAUUUACAUGGGUUCCCCGCCAGGUGGUUCCAUGGGUACCUCGCCUCCUGGAGUAGAGGGUCCCUCCAGUCUGAAGUACAUGACGUUUGGUACCUCGCCUCCAAGUUUGGAAGGAUUUAUCACAUUUGAAGCUCCAGAGCUCCCAGAAGAGACUUUAAUGGAGAGAGAGCAUACGGAUACCUUGCGCCACCUGAAUACGAUGCUGACAUUUGCAGAAUGCAUUAUGGACAUUGCAGCAUUGAAAGGAGGCAGCUUGGAGCUGGGGACCUCAGCUGCCUCUCUGUACCAAGUCCAGGAGAGCAUAGUGGUUGACCAGAUCAGCCGGCUCAGCAAGGAGUGGGGACAAGUGGAGCAGCUUGUGUUGUACAUGAAAGGAGCACAACUGUUGGCAUCGUCUUUGCACCUUGCCAAAGACCGGGUUAAAUCUGGCAAGCUGAACCCAUCCACAGCAGUCAAACAAGUUGUUAAAAAUCUGAAUGAGCGUUACAAGUGUUGCAUCUCAUUUUGCAAGAAACUCACGGAGAAGCUGAAUCAUUUCUUCUCCGAUAAGCAGAGGUUUGUGGAUGAAAUCAACAGUGUUACUGCGGAGAAACUGAUCUAUAGCUACGCUGUGGAAAUGGUGCAGUCAGCAGCACUGGAUGAAAUGUUUCAGCAAACGGAAGACAUCACGUACCGGUACCACAAAGCAGCCUUGCUGCUGGAAGGCUUGACAAAGACACUACAAGAUCCUGCUGACAUUGAUAACAUUCUCAAAUACAAAACCAGUAUUGAGCGCAGACUCUCGGCGCUAUGUCACGGCACGGUGGCUUUGUAUGAUAACUAGCCUUCUGAAAUGGACCACACGCAUCAAUGCAGGGACCACCACCACCUCUCCUCAGAUCUUUGGAGUUGCCUUUAUCCCCCAACCGCGCUCCCUCCCACCCAACCCCACCAUUUGGAGAACGGUUCAUGCUGGGUUUAUUUAAUUCUCCGGAGCCUCUGCCAAUCCACCAGGUGAAGAAGGAUUGACUUUUGUUUUAGAAGAGUUACCAAAGAGGAGUUCUUGUUUCAAGAGAAAGGAAAUUUACCUACAAAUACAGAUGAAUACUUCUGGGGAAACCCCUCUCAGCAAUGUAGCAUAUUCUUUCAUUUCAGUUUUCCUCAAAGAGGCAAAGUGUGAGGCAGUUACUGGGUCCGGCUUCCAAAGCCACUCACGGCCGGAAUGUGUUAACGCAAGCACGGGAGUAAAACUGAAGCCUCUGCUUUCGUCACGGAACUCAUGGGGUACUUGGAAACGUGCACUCACAAAGGAACUCCGCGCCCUGUCUGAUCAGCUUGUGGUGGCUCACCCAGAGUGGCUGGUUCACGGUGACCGUGAAUUGUGUUUCUGUCGGAGAAACCUUUUACCUUUUUUUAUAAGCGACACUUACGGUGUGUGACAAGCAAACAAAUGCUACUUGCAGAGUUUGUACCUUUUACCUGGGUCCCUGCACAGCCAUUCGGAGGCAUGCUUUGUCUUGUAUCCUCUGAUGCCCCAUCAAAUGCAUAUCAACCCGCAGAAACCAGUCAAGGAGAAGAUGAGCACUUUAUGUGAAUAUGAAUUUGGCAGCAGAGAGAUGGAGUGCCCCUCCCCACCAAGUAAACCAGCAGGCAAACUGGGUGCUGCAGUGGAUGGACAACGCCUGGGGAUUUUCUUGUUUUUAUUUUUUUGUGUGUGUGGCUCCCUACGUUUCUUGAAAUGGUGAAGACUUUGCUCCAUCUGACAACCACUUCUGAUUGCACUAGUACAGACCUUUGAGCGUCCUUCAUUACGUUACGCCGAACUCCUCAUAAAAUGGAGCACCUUAAACGCUGCAUGGAAGGAAUGGGGAAAAAAGUAAUGAAGAACAGUAAUGGAAAAAAAAAGUAAACUCUCCCAGCAGUAUGAGCUCCAUUACAUUUGACAAAGGACAUUUUAAUGUUUGUUUUGAAGCUAAAGGCACAGAGUGCUUGACACUUCAACUCAAAAGACUGCAAAAAAAAAUAGCCUGUAUUAUUACAAGCCUUUCCAUUUUUUUUACAUAUUAAAUACUUGAGUAGUUCAUAUAGUGCAACUAUCUGUAUAUAAUGAAACUAGUUCUUUUUUUCUCUCCUUUUAGCCAGUGAUUGCUGACUUUUAAAUGCUAUUUUUGGGCUGGCUUUAUGUUGUGCAUGUGAUAAGUGUGACUGUGCCACUGGGCCUAUUAACAUUACUAAUAAUGCUGUUCCUGCAAACAGUAUUAUGUUGAUAAAGCAAUGUUCCUGUAGGUUGAGAACCCAUUGUACAGACUAAUGUAACACUUGAUAUUUUUCAGGGGUGGAAAAAAGUUUUGGGAUUCUGGUAACCAAACAAGCACAAUUGUUUCUUUCUAUUUUGUGUGAUUAGAGUGAAUGAGGUGGGGUUAAGAGUGUACUGUGCAGACUGGUGGAGGAUUAUGGCUAACUAAUGUAACUCACACGGUGGAGGCGUUCAGAGAGUAGUUGACUGUCCAUUUUAGUUCUUUUCAAUACUUAAAAAGUAGCUGUUAAGUUAGAAAGGAAUCGACAUUUAAAAUAAGCCUGCAUUGUACGGUACUUGGGAACGGGAAGUGACUAGCUGCUCUGUCCCUUCACCUCCAGUGUAUGAGCUCUUGCUCCCUUUUUGAAAGGAAUUGCAUGCUUUUGGUGAUUUGUACAUCAUUGUUUAACUGCCCAACAGAUCCGGCCAGAAGUGGCAUUCACGGACCUAACAAUUCCCGUGGCAUUCUCUUCCAGAGUUGUUCAAUAUUUUUUCCACCCUUCAGCAGUUAUUUAGUUGUCCAUUUUUAAAAAAAAAAACUGUUUCUCAGCUGCUCAAGUACUUGAAUAUUAAACAUUAACAAUCAUGUUUAAUCUCCCAGCGACGGUGUGUUGGAAAUAUUUUCACUGUAGCAAUUUGGCUUGUUUAUGAAGCGUGUCACCAGUUUAAUUUUUCUCCCCCUCACUUUGUUUUAUGAAAAGAAACUAAUGUGUACAUUUAUUUAUCUGUAAACGAUUCCAUUAAUUUUGAAGACUUUUUAUUUAUAAAAUAUUUGUACUAUUAGAUCUUUAAUAGUGUUUCUACCUCUCAUUGUGUAUAAUGGCAUGCAUACUCUUUAAGAAAUCAGGUUGCAGACACAUUCAUUUGUUAUUUAGCAGCCUUUUUAAUAUGGCCUGUAUAGAUGUACAUUAAGAAGCCGGAAAUAAAAUUGUCCUGGAAUAAUAAUAGAAA